CAGCAGCCACCGUGCCGAAAAAUUAGGAAGUGAUCGACUGCUCCUCACCCGUCCUCGCACCAUGGUCCUUCCCCCAUGCCCAGGCAUGGCUGCGAGCGACACUCAGUGUCGUCGUGACUAUCUCUUGGAGGUUCAUACCACCAUAAAUACCCCGCCUGUGCUGCCUAGGGGACGACGUGUGGUAUACGUAGGCGCGGCAGACGCAAAGGAAAAGUUAUGUUGGAGGUCUAACGGUUGCGUUGAUUACAUAGUUCAUAAGGACGAUGCAGAGUCCCCUGGCGAAGAACCUGCCAUCCUUACCGCUUAUGGACUGAUAUCCAUGUCAACAUUCAACCUCACACCUGAUGGCGGGUACAAGGGUCCCACCGGAGAGCUACCUUGUCUGGAGGAUGUUCAAUUGACCGCAGAAUUGCGUAUGUCGAUGCACCCUGAUCACGAGCGCUUCAUGGGCGGUACCAGCGAUGCCACACAUAACGUCUUCGAGCUGAUGGAACGCGCUCCCAAUGUCGAUGAGAACUUCCGGUAUGGGUCAUGGAUGGGUGUGGGAUCAAGUCUCCGCCUUCGUCAUCAGCUGUUCGAGCCGCUUUCUCGUCAGGAUGGUGAUGGCCCCAUCAUUCCAGAAGGCGAUUCGGCACCCGGAUUUGAGAGGUUCACCACUUCGAGAUGGCCGAUGAAGUACCGCGCGGCCGCCAAUGAGCUAGAGGAUGAGACGCAACACUCCAAUCAAGUCAUCCCCCUUCCCGCCUACACGCCUGCAGGCCGUCUCAUUUAUCCCCAAGAAUAUUCUGCUGCACUGUGCGGCGCAUUCGUUGAGGCCACCUUCACGCUCAAGCACCGCCGGUUCUCUACCACGGACGACUUCUCUACCUUCAAUGCGGACAUUGUUCAGAUCAACAUCAUUGAUCCCCCCGCGUCCUCACGGCGGCGUCUCCUUCCCCCUCUCCGCUCUUCUUACUCAAUCGCCCAGCGCUUGAAGGGGUUGUAAUUGUGGUAUAAGCAUGUCAGGCAGCCGUGUAGAGUCUUGUAUAAAACGCCGUAUACUUGACUGCCAUGAUCUGUGUGACGGUCCGUGCACGUGCUCACGUCGCGCUCGGUGGCGGCCCUCGUCCUGUCUAGACAAUGUGUCAUUUUACGGGCAGUGGACUGUACAGUCAAGCCUCAAUCUCGAUCAUUUAUUGGAAAUGGGGUGCUUACCACCAUUCUCGUCUGCCACCCCCACGACGAUGCCAAGAUAUGCACGUACACCGGCCCCUCUGCCACAACGAAGCCGUGCACCCCUUCGUGCAAUUCACCCCGACGAGUGCACCAUUGACUUCCUGACAAAAUGUCAUGAUAUGUGGCGCACUACCCCCUAUGGCCCUUCAGGCACUUUUUUGGGCGAUGGAGAAGUGCUUCGUCAUCUCUGUUGGA